CCCCAAGCUUCCCUUUCUUGGCAACGGACUCCGGUCGAAGUCUCGAACUGAGAACCCUCAAUCUCGUCUGUAUAUAAGUGCGAAACGUAUAUAAAUAUAUAUACAAACACAUACGUAUCAAUUUUCGAAGCAAACUCAAAACAUGGAUGAAGAACUACUGGAAUUGCAGCGACAAUUCGAGUUCGCUCAACAAGCCAAAUCAAGCAUUCGAUUAUCCGAGCGUAACGUCAUCGAAUUGGUCCAAAAACUCCAUGAACUUCAAAUCAUCGAUUUCGAUCUCCUUCACACCGUCACCGGCAAAGAAUACAUCACUCUUGAUCAAUUGAGGCUUGAUAUUCUAUCUGAGAUCAAUAAAUUAGGGCGUGUUUCGUUGAUUGAUCUCGCGGACACAACUGGUGUGGAUUUGUACCAUGUCGAGAAGCAAUCUCAGCACAUAGUAUCCAAUGAUUCCUCGCUCAUGUUAAUCAACGGCGAAGUGAUAUCGAAUUCUUAUUGGGACACUGUCACUGAGGAAAUCAACGAGAGGCUUCAAGAGUGCAGCCAAAUUGCAUUGGCCGAGCUUGCUGCACAAUUGCAAGUUGGUUCAGAGUUACUCGUGACCUUGUUAGAGCCUCGGCUCGGGACUUUGGUGAAAGGUAGGCUUGAAGGUGGGCAAUUGUACACACCUGCGUAUGUUGGCCGUGUUGGUGCAAUGGUUCGAGGUGCCGCACGGGGUAUUACUGUACCUACAAAUUUAACAGCAUUGUGGAGCUCGUUGCAGCUACUAUUGCAGGAAACGGAUGGAGCUAGUGGUGUGGCUGUUGAAGGUUCAUUUUUCCAAUCACUAUUCAAUGGGUUGGUGAAGGAAGGUGAAAUUCUUGGAUCACUUCGUGCAGGAACUCAUUGGACACCUGCUGUUUUUGCCAUGGCUCAGAAACAGGCUAUAGAUUCUUUCUUUUCACAGAAUUCUUUUAUCAGUUAUGAAGUUCUGCACAAACUUGGUAUUCCACAGCCUAUGCAGUACCUUCAGUCCAGAUAUCCUGAAGGCAUACCUCUAGUCACUUUAUUUGUUCACCCAUCAAUGAUUGAGAUGUUGGAUGCUGCUACUGAGGAUGCUAUAGAACAUGGUAGCUGGAUUGAUUCACUUACGGUUUUACCCACAUCCUUUGGAUCCCAGGAUGCAUCUAAAAUUCUGUCACUUUGUCAAUCUGUUCAGGUGGCCCUUAAGGGUAGUAAAGCUCUCAUUUUGGGGGAGUCAUAUAUUUUUAGCAAUGGCUUUAUCAAGGAUUUGUUUGACCGCAUGGAGAAGGAGAUGGAAACCCUUAGCCUUUCUGUGUUUUCCAGUAACAAAAUGUGUGGCGAUUCAAGCAGCAAUCUAGCUGAAUCAAAUGAAACUGCUACUGAGAGUGGUACUAAUAAACAAGCAUCAGAGAAAGGAUCAAAGAAGAAAAAGGGAAAAUCCUCGGUGAAUACGAAGUCAGGGACAGCUGAAACUAGUCCAGAUAAUCAGGAACCUAUACCUACUAAAUCUAAGAAAAACCAGAGAAAAGGCAAGGAUGCAUCUUCCUCGCAAGUGGUUGAUUCAAAAUCAGGUGCUAAGAAAGAAUCAAUUAAGAUGAAAGAGGACACCCUUAGCAUCCCUUCAGAGGAAUGGCUAAUUCAGAAGAUCACGAUGCUGGUCCCUGAUUUUGAAGAACAAGGUAUAGAUGAUCCUGAGACAGUCCUUAAACCUUUAGCAAAUCAUUUGAGGCCAGCGCUGCUCAAUUCAUUGAAGGAGAGAAGAAAGGUGACAUUCGCAGAAAAUGGACAGAAGAUGAAACGCAUACUUGAUAAUUUGCAAAAAAAGCUUGAUGAGUCUUUCUUAAAUAUGCAGCUAUAUGAAAAAGCACUAGAUUUGUUUGAAGAUGACCAACCAAACUCUGUUACUCUACACAAACAUUUAUUAAGAGCCGCAGCAACCCCUAUGGUGGACACUCUCUUACUUAACUUGGAUGUGCACAACAAGUUAAAGAAUGGAAUUGAAGUUGAGGAAUCUCAAAAUCCUGAAUCUGUAUCACUCAAUUCUGGAGAAAGAAUUGCUCUUGCAAAGAGUUUUCCCGGCCCUCUUUCAGUUAAGGCUGUUGCUAUAAUUGAAGCUUUGGAAGGGAAGCGGGUCGAAACAUUCAUGACCGCACUAAGAGUAAUAGCCGAGGAAAGUGGGUUAACUUUAAAAAAACUUGAUAAGAAAUUAGAAAGACCUCUUCUUCAUUCGUAUCGCAAGGAUUUGACAUCUCAAGUUUCUGAUGAAACCGACCCAGUUUUACUUCUGCCAAAAGUUGUCUCUCUCCUUUAUAUACAGGUUUACAAUAAAGCUCUUCAAGCCCCAGGGAGGGCCAUUUCUGCUGCUGUUUCUCGAUUGAAGGAUAAAUUGGAUGAUUCAGCAUAUAAGAUCUUACUGGAUUAUCAUAGUGCAACAGUGACCCUUUUAGGAUUAAUUUCUGCUGCAACUGGCGAACAAGACUGUACAUCUGAUAGAACCUUGAGCAAAAGGGAGCUCCUGGAGAGUUUAAUGCCAGCACUGAAAGGUUUAGUCUUGAGCACGCGCAAUCUUGACUCAGCAUAGGCUCAAUGUCCAAAAUGUUACGCGGAGAGUGAGUCUGUCAAAAUAAUGUUAGAAAUGGCUCCAAACAAAAAUUCGUCAAAGUUUGGAACCAAGUUUUGAUGGUUCUGUAUUAUAUACUAUAUGUUUCUGAGGACCUAUUUGAAACUGCAUUGUACAAUAUGACAACAGUAAGAAAAUAUGUUAAGAUAGUCAUGAUGUUUGUAAAAAAGCAUAGAACUUUCUUCGUUAAUUCGCUUUCACUCUAAAGUUUAUUUCAAAGCCUAGCCUUUGAUUUGCUUC